UGUUGUUUACAUCGAUUCGAGAGUUGUGUCGGUUGUGUUGUGUAUGUGUUCGUGUUGUCUUGUCUGUGCUGUGCUGUAGCUGUUGUGUGACAUCCCCUCUUUUUCUAAUUUGUGAUUUUUGUUGGCUAUGUUUUUAGCAAGUUGGAAGUAAUAUUCGUUAAUUACAAUUAAAAGGAAUUAACCUUUGAUUAGAACAGAACUAAACGUUAUCUUACUAUUAUUUUUGAUUUGCCAUUAUGUUAUAACUGAAAACUCAAAAUGAAAGUAUUGACUAUCAGUGUGUUCCUUAUCUCCUCUCUAGUACUGACAUCUGCUCUGUACUUCCACAUUGGGGAGACUGAAAGAAAAUGUUUUAUAGAAGAAAUCCCUGGAGAUACGACAGUUUUAGUGAACUACAAAGUAGAAGUCCAUGAUCCUAGAAGUGGCGGAUUUAUGCCUUCCAACCCAGGCAUUGGAAUGCACGUCGAAGUGAAGAAUGCUGAUGGAAAGCUUCUCCUAUCAAGAGUCUACAGUUUUGAAGGAAGAAUUUCAUUCACAUCGCAAACUCCAGGAGAACAUGUAAUUUGCUUGUACUCGAAUACAACGAAGUGGAUUGGUGGAACCCAACUGAGAGUACACUUGGAUAUACAGGUGGGUGAACAUGCCAUUGAUUAUGCAAAUGUCGCCCAGAAAGAGAAACUCACUGAACUUCAGUUGCGCGUCAGGCAGCUCUUGGAUCAAGUUGAACAAAUCUCCAAGGAGCAAAACUAUCAGAGAUAUCGCGAAGAAAGAUUCCGUAGUACGAGUGAAAGCACGAACCAGAGAGUGUUCUGGUGGUCGCUGACUCAAACUGGUCGUACUCGUGUGCAUGGGCUUGUGGCAGAUGAGGCAUCUCAAAUCGUUCUUUGAAGCCAAGAAGCUCGUCUGAACAUCACCUCUCACAUUACACACCAAAGGAAGAACCCAAGUCGAAUUAUUGUUGCUUUCUUCAACAAUUGACAAGAUAUUACAUCACUAUUUAUUUCUCGAAACAGGUAAUCUGCAUUUCAUAGAUCUCAGAUCGGAUAGUCUUCGAUUUUUAAACAAGAGUUUUUCAUUGUGUAAUUUAUUGAGAUUUAGAAUAUAAAACAUUUUGAUUCUGGAUUAACUGAACACUGACUACAUCACAGUACUUUUGUACAAGCAAAAAUUUGAAGAAUUUCGAAAUUGUAUUUGUAUUCUAAAGAAUUGAAUAAAAUUUGUUAUAAAAAAA